AUGUCUCAAUUUACAAAAGCAAUAACACCAAAGAAAAUCUUCAUGGUCGAGAAAGGGUUUUAUUCGAUAAAUUUAGAAGAUGGAACUAUUUAGAAGUUAGGACCAGAGAAGAAAAAUUACAAGUUACCUUCCCAUUCCUAAAACAAAUCUCUAAACGUAGGAAAAGAUCUACUAAUAGCCAAAGGAUAAUAAAAUUAAAUUGCCACCCAAAGAAAUAAUUAAGAAACUAGAAAGAAUAAAGAAAGUACUAGAAAACUUAAUUCACAAAGGAAUAAUUGA